GUUGCGGCCAAUGGCGCGGAAGGGGCGGUGCAGAGCGUGGAUUGUUUAUACCUUGGGAGGAGGGGAAAGUAGGUCAGAAGGAGAGCGAGGGGGCCUAGCUGCUAAACCCGCGCUGCGGAAUAGAUUAUCUGUAUCAAAACACCAUGGCACGACGCACACGCAACAGCAGGGCCUGGCACUUUGUCCUGAAUGGGGUACGCCGGGAUGCAGAUGCACGGGCAGUAGCUUUGGCCUCUGGAGCCCAUGGAUGGGGCUAUGACUCUGAUGGGCAGCACAGUGACUCCGACUCUGAGCCAGAGUUUCCUUCCCUCUCGCCCUCCAUCCCCAGCGCCAUCCCUGUGACAGGAGAGUCCUACUGCAACUGUGAGAACCAGAAUGAAACUCCGUACUGCUCCAGUCUGCACACCAUCCAUCGUGUCAAGGACUGCCAGUGUGGUGAAGAGGAUGAGUACUUUGAGUGGGUGUGGGAUGACAUGAACAAAUCGACUGCAACCCUCCUGACCUGUGACAACCGCAAGGUGAACUUCCACAUGGAGUACAGCUGUGGCACUGCUGCUAUCCGUGGGAACAAGGAGCUGGCAGAGGGUCAGCACUUCUGGGAGAUCAAGAUGACCUCUCCAGUCUAUGGCACUGACAUGAUGGUGGGAAUUGGGUCUUCAGAUGUGAAUCUCGACAAGUACCGCCACACAUUCUGUAGUCUGCUGGGCAAGGAUGAAGACAGCUGGGGACUCUCAUACACAGGAUUACUCCACCACAGGGGAGAUAAAAUGAACUUCUCCUCAAGGUUUGGCCAAGGCUCCAUCAUUGGGGUUCAUUUGGACAUGUGGCAUGGAACUCUCACUUUCUUCAAAAACAGGAAAUGCAUAGGAGUUGCAGCUACCAAACUGCAGAACAAGAAAUUCUUCCCCAUGGUGUGCUCCACUGCAGCCAAAAGCAGCAUGAAGGUGAUCCGCUCAUGCACCAGCUACACAUCGCUCCAGUACCUCUGUUGUUACCGCCUCCGCCAGCUGUUGCCCAACUAUGUGGAUACGCUGGAAGUGCUGCCAUUGCCCCCAGGUCUUAAGCAAGUUCUACACAACAAACUAGGCUGGGUGCUGAGUAUGAACUGUAGCACAUUGAAGCCUUCCACUUCUUCUUCCUCCUUGUCGGGAAGCGACUCAGAUAGCUCCUGCGGCUCGGAUGCAGAGGCAUGCCAAAGGAAGAGAUGCAGGAGGACGGUUCAAUGGGGCUCUGAUCCCCGCUGGGGCCUGGAGGUGGUAAUGGAAGAGUCACAAACUCCAAUCACAAAAUAUCUUGCUAGGCACUGUAUUAUCUGAGCCUUCACCUCAAUAAAAUGGCACAGAUGCAAAGAACUACCGCAAGGGUCAUCACAGAGUCAACAUUUGCCAACAAUUACCACAGCUAUCUCCAAUUGUAAGUACUGGAAAAAGAUUUUGGUUGUCUUAGAUACAAGCAUGCUAUAAUCACUAGCAAAUGCUGGCUUUUUGACAGCGACCACUAUAAGCAAGACAGAUGAAUGCUGACUUCGGCUUCAUUACAGAAAUGGCUGGGGAGUAGGGGAAAAUAUGUCUGUGAUGUUGCACUCCAUAUGAUUAUAUGAAAAUAUGCUAAUGAGUGUGAAUAUAAUGCAACUGAAAUAUGCUUCAUGCGAAAGGUAUAAUUACAAAUCUAUAAUCUACUGAGUGUGAUAUCUGAAACUAGAAAUAUAAAUUAUAACUC